AUGGAUAUGCCCGAUGAAAACGACGCUCCCACUUCUAUGAAAGUUUCCAAGAAACCCAUAUUUGGCGGAUUGAAACAAUAUUUAUUGCCACAUUUUGUGUCGUCGGAGUCAUCUUCAUCCCUAUUGGUGGAGGAAGCUGUAAUCCAAUAUGAUGAGAGUUGCCUUCCUUCUUCAUUCGCCGAAAAUGCAGUGGCAUAUAUUCAAAACGAGACCACCAACAAGACCUGCAUCACCAAAUGGACUGUUGAGCAUAGAAUGGAAGCUCCUAUUUAUAUCUAUUAUCAGCUCGAUAAUUACUAUCAGAACCAUCGCAGAUAUGUGAAGAGUAGAAACGACCAGCAACUGUGGAGUAAGGCAGAUGAUGGGGAAACAACGAAUUGUUAUCCUGAAGACAAGAUAGGAGAAAAUCAGACAAUUGUUCCCUGCGGCCUCAUUGCAUGGAGCCUGUUCAAUGACACAUACAAAUUUGUAUCCAGCAACAAGAACUUGACGGUCAACAGAAAAGACAUUGCAUGGGGGAGUGACCGAAGGUCCAGAUUUGGCUCUGAAGUUUAUCCAAAAAAUUUUCAGCACAGAGAUUUGAUUGGGGGUGGAAACCUCACUGCGAGUCUACCCUUGAAAGAGCAAGAAGAUUUAAUUGUUUGGAUGCGAACAGCAGCACUACCCACCUUCAGAAAACUAUAUGGGAAGAUAGAGGUUGACCUUGAAGUGAAAGAUGAGAUAGAAAUAAAGAAAGAAAAACACAAUUUAGAGAUCUCCAUGAAAAUUGGUGAGAGAGGUGGAGUAAAUCAGCAACUAAUGCGGCAUCUAACAAAGUAUAUGUCCAUGGUCUGCCAAUGUACCAGUGCUCCUCAUUUCUUUAAUGCGUAA